AACUGGUAUUUAUUAGGCGCCUACAGCGGGUAGCUCCCCUACACGCAGCCCAGGCGAGAAAGGGAGAGGCAGUUACGGUGCGCAGACAGCUGCGGAGACAGCGCGGCCGCAGCUGAUCGCGUGAAUUUGGCGCCUGUUUUUUGUUGGUGGGGUGUUCUCGCCUGUGAUUGGACCCCGGUGCAACGUGCCCGGUGCGCCGGGCUGCGGCUGCUCUGUCGACCUCUGCAGGACCCGGGAGGCACGGUACUCCAACGGCCUCCCAGGGGAUGGGCCACCAGGAACCCCCACUGGCCCGAGUGCUUGCGGGAGGUUCGACUUUUAUAAAUAGAUUAUGUAAAAGACUCAGCUGGAGAGAACACGCGGAGAGCGGCAGGAGUCAGGACACCCGGCUCUCCCCCGCCAGCGUCGCUGCCACCAUCCGCGCAGCAACAGGCUCAGUAGCUCGCCUGGCCCAGGCCAGCGCCACUCGCCGUGCUACGUACCGGCGGCAGCCCGGGCCUGGAGCGGACCAUCCCCAGCCGGGGGCCCCAGCGGGGAAACGGACCGCCCGGAAGUGGAGGGGCGCCGACCAGGUCACGAUCCAAGGUCCCGCUCCUCCUCGUCCCGGGGCUGGACGAAGGGAUGAGGCCGGGGGGGCCCGGGCAGCGCCGUUGCUGCUCCCCUCGCCGCCCGCAGCCAUGGAAACGGGGGAAGAGGACGGCACCCGUAGAGGUACACAAAGCCCCGCGCGGAAAAGGCGAAGCCCAGUGCCGCGGGCGCCCAGCGCGAAGCUGAGGCCGGCGGCGGCAGCCCAGGCCAUGGAUCCGGUGGAGGCCGAGGCCCCGGGCGAGGCCUACCCGGUGCGGCAGCGACCAGAGGGCGGCGGCGGGUCGGCUCGGCCGCGGUACAGCCUGUUGGCGGAGAUCGGGCGCGGCAGCUACGGCGUGGUUUACGAGGCAGUGGCAGGGCGCAGUGGGGCCCGGGUGGCGGUCAAAAAGAUUCGCUGCGACGCCCCCGAAAACGUGGAGCUGGCGCUGGCCGAGUUCUGGGCCCUGACCAGCCUCAAGCGGCGCCACCAGAACGUAGUGCAGUUUGAGGAGUGCGUCCUGCAGCGCAACGGGCUAGCCCAGCGCAUGAGCCACGGCAACAAGAGCUCGCAGCUUUACCUGCGCCUGGUGGAGACCUCGCUGAAAGGAGAAAGGAUCCUGGGUUAUGCUGAGGAGCCCUGCUAUCUCUGGUUUGUCAUGGAGUUCUGUGAAGGCGGAGACCUGAAUCAGUAUGUCCUGUCCCGGAGGCCGGACCCAGCUACCAACAAAAGCUUCAUGCUUCAGCUCACGAGCGCCAUUGCCUUCCUGCACAAAAACCACAUCGUGCACAGGGACCUAAAGCCAGACAACAUCCUCAUCACAGAGAGGUCUGGCACCCCCAUCCUCAAGGUGGCAGACUUUGGACUCAGCAAGGUCUGUGCUGGGUUGGCCCCCCGAGGCAAAGAGGGCAAUCAAGACAACAAAAAUGUGAAUGUGAAUAAGUACUGGCUGUCCUCAGCCUGUGGCUCAGACUUCUACAUGGCCCCCGAAGUCUGGGAAGGACACUACACAGCCAAGGCUGACAUCUUUGCCCUGGGCAUUAUCAUCUGGGCAAUGAUAGAAAGAAUCACUUUCAUUGACUCUGAGACCAAGAAGGAGCUCCUGGGGACCUAUAUCAAACAGGGGACUGAGAUCGUCCCUGUUGGUGAGGCGCUGCUAGAAAACCCAAAGAUGGAGUUGCACAUCCCCCAGAAACGCAGGACUUCCAUGUCUGAGGGGAUCAAGCAGCUCUUGAAAGAUAUGUUAGCUGCUAACCCACAGGACCGGCCUGAUGCCUUUGAACUUGAAACCAGAAUGGACCAGGUCACAUGUGCUGCUUAAAAUUCAGGGUAAAGCAUCUUGGGUGUUUUUAAACUAGGUUGACCCUCGGGACCCACAGUCUCUUCACGUCUCGCACAGCGGAUGGCAGAGGGGCAGGUGGCGGCUUGUUCGGUUGGCGAUCUCCCGACAGCUGGAUCUCCGGCAAUGUGAAGCUUUUGUUUGGAUUUUCCCCCUCCUUUUAGUUAACGCUCAAUUGUUUAUUUUAUUUGAUUUGCCUCUUUUUUUCCUCUUCUCUCUUUUUUUUCUUUUUUUAAAUGAUUAAGACUUCAGAAGACCAGGAAGCUAUGCUGUGGACAGGCACCAAUUUAAAAAAAUUCAAUAUGGACAAAACAUAUGUAUAAAUUUCAUUUUUAAUUUUUAUAAGGGGUUAGGGAGCGAUUUUGUUUUUGUCCUUUCUUUUCCAUCUUUCUUUACCCAUCUCUCAGUUCUGCGCAUAACACCUCGCUUCCCCAGAGAAGGCCUGCCUCUCCUUGGAGAAUUUUGUGGUUUCUCCUUGGACAGGGGCGUGAAGACAGGAGGCCUGUGGGCCACCUCCCCACCAGAUGCAGGACCUGCCCAGGCUGCUCCUGGUUAGCACUUAGGCCUUGAAAAUGAUCAGAAGUGGAGAGCCACCUGGAAGAGAAGACCAGGACUUGGCCAGGAGAACUCAAAAAAGGAGGUCUAAACUGAGGGUUUGUUCUCUGAGCGAUCAGAGGCCCCGGGCAACACCAGGACCUCCGACAGUGGGACUCCAUUCCUUCCUCUGCCCCUUGUAACUGGGAGCUCUGAGGUGGGGACGGAAGGUGACUGUCUCCCACUUCUUGGCGGGUGAGCGCCAGCCCACCCCAGCUGUACAAGCCUACCUUUCUGUUAGUGGGCUUCCUCCAGAGGAGGAUCCCCAGGAAAAACUCGUGCCAAACCUCUGCCUGGGACACAGCUGGCUCUUCAGUGGGCAUCUAUCACUCCUGUGAGGUCAGCACCCAUCACCUACUGCCCCCUGGAUCCUACCAAGCAUUCAGGUUGCCACAGAGACUGCCCAGGUCCCUGAGAUCCAGCUGUGACCAUUGCCAUAACAACAGGUCCUCCUGAACUGGUUGCCACUGUCGUCUCCUCACAGUAAAGGGUGUGCCCCAAGUGCUGGGCCCCGUAUGUCACAUAUGGUGACAAUGUUAAGCACCAUCUCCCUCACCUCCAGGGACUUCCUGUUAGGUGCCUGCCUCAGUGUAAAUGUGUCUAAUGGGAGAAGAACGGACCUGCCGGCAGCAGGGAAGGGACUGGGUAGGCCCCACAGCCAGUAGAGGCUUGUUUGUGUGUGUGCCCGAGCCGUGACCCUUCAGCCGCACCCCAGUGUCCAUCUGUGUGGGUGUUGGGACACUCUCCUGGCACCCUGGCGGCCUCCCUACUCACAGUUUCUGACCUAGGUGUCUUCUUACAAGGAGAGGGAGGCUGGCCCUGUCCUGUGCCCUCACCCAGAAGCUACUCUGGCUGCUCCAGAGGCUUUGUACCCUGUUGUAGCCACACAGGAGAGGGUCUUUGGGGAAGGGGAAAGGAAUUACUCUUUGUUUAGUUUUUGUUUU